GGUUUUUAUUUAUUAUUUGUUUGUUUGUUUGUUUGCUAGCAUUUUUUUGAGAAGGUGAGACUUCAUCUGGAAGACUGCGUUUGCAAUUUUGUGUGUGAUUUCUUGUCGUUUGAUGCUCCACUGCCGUUUUGGCUUCUGCCUCGCAUCAGCCCGGGCUGCAUAGGGUGAAGUGCAGGAGUGCGCAUUGGGAUGCGAUGAUUUACUACAGGAAGGGCUAUGGCGGUAUCUUCAUUCUCUUUCGAUUGGUGGGCACCUCCUGGCCCUUUGGGGUGAUCCCUGAUUUAAUCGCGCUCUCCAUUAGCCUCAUCCUGAAUUAUGUGACCGUUUUAGAUGAAAUCAUCCGAGACAGGAAUGAAUUCAUCAGUCAUCCCUAUGCCUUUCAGCUCUUUGCCUACCUUCUAGGCUUCCUGAUGGUUUUCAGGACAAACUUCGCUUAUCAGCGUUACUGGGAGGCAAUAGGCGCCAUGCAGAACAUGGCUGCAAAGUGGCUCGAUGGAGCCUUGAUGGGCAUCACCUUUGAUGCUGCUGGAAAUCGGGAUAGGCCGCUGCUCUAUGGAGCGCAGGAUGGGGAGAGCGGUCUGCCUCAUCCCACUACGGGAGGAAAGGGUGGUCCACACCACUCUGCCUUCUAUGGAGACAUUGCACACCUCUGCAGCUUGCUGCAUGCGGUGGCCUUGCAACAUCUCCGCUCAGACUCCAACCUGGACAAUUUAGAGUUUGCGUAUCCUGAAGCACCCUCGCUCCAGUCUGUAGCCCAGAAGAUGGAAAACUUUGGAAUGCCAUCCUUCUCACCCUCAAAGAUCGGGGACACUCUUGCCCGGCAGAAGCUCCCCGUGCUGGGUGGACUCCGCCCAGAGGAGCGCGCAGUGCUGGAGGCGGACUCCCAAGGAAAUCUACUCUCCACAGAUGCGCGAGUUGCCAUGGUGGAAGGCUGGUUCAUGCGACGGCUCAUUGGCCGCCAGAAGUUCGAACAAGGUGAAUCUUCCGCCACUUCACCACCAAUUCUCAGCAGGUUGUACCAGGUGAUCUCUGAUGGAACCCUUUGGUUCGGCGCUGCCUCUAAGGUGGCAAUCACACCGUUUCCAUUUCCGUACCAUAACAUCAUCUCAGUCUUCCUGUGGAUGUACACACUUCUUGCCCCGGUGCUGAUCAAUGGCAUCAUCAUGGAUACAGUGCUUCGGUCCAUCUUCGUGUUUACCUCUGUGUUCUGCUACCAUGCAUUGCACCACAUUGGUGACAACCUGGAGGAUCCUUACCUGCCCUAUGAUCCUAAUGAGCUACCGCUGCCGGACCUUCAGCACAGCGUCAACAUGCGGCUUUGGGCGUUUGGCGUGGUGCCAGUGCCGAUAAAGGCGGAGGAUGAAAUACCAUCCAAGGACCCUCAAAAGUCAGAAUGAGGGCCGAGAGGGCCUCUCGAGGGCCGAGGAGAUAGGCACAUCCGCGGGACGCUCCGGCCGUAGAACUCCACAAGAGGGCUACCCAGAUUGCAGCUUCGUAAAGCGAUGGUAUGUGUUUUUGCCCUUAAAGUUUGCAUUGAUUUUCGUGAGGAUUAACUCGGGGGCAAACUUUUUGACCCUAAGUAGGGACUUCAUAUUUUGAGAGGGCAGAACAGGAGAUCCGUCUCGUUCUCUUCGCCAGGAGCAUCCUCAAAAGCACCAGAGCAGACUCCCACCAAGUGGAGAGUACCUGCAUUUCGAGGGUCGAUGCAGCGAUUGCCAGUAGUCCAAAGUCGUUUUGCCUGAUCGGAUUAGUGAGUUGCAACAUGUUGCAACAGCAAUCUUGAACAGGCAAUUCUGCUGACGGCUUCA